AUGGUCCUCGAGCCGGACGGUAAAGCGCACGGUGUACUCUUUUUGAACAGUAAUGCACAGGAAGUGACAACAACUCCAGGAUCAGCGUUAAUUUACAGAACAAUCGGCGGAAAUUUGGAUCUCUACUUUUUUCCAGGACCAACUCCUGGGGAGGUCACCCAGCAAUAUCUAGCUUUUAUCGGGAAACCCCUUCUUCCCGCCUAUUGGGCACUUGGUUUCCAGCUAUCACGUUGGGGUUACAAGGAUUUUGACGACUUGAAGAAUGCUGUCAAAAGGACUAAGGAUGCUGGUAUUCCCCUAGAAGUAGUUGUGUUCGACAUUGAUUAUAUGGAGAGAUUCAAAGAUUUUACAAUCAACCCAUAUGUCGAAAACUUCCAUAGAAAUAGCUUGUUGCUUCAGAAAUGGAAGGAUUUGCCAAGUUAUGUGCGAGAGCUGCACACCCAGGGCAUGCGAACAAUCUUCAUGUUCGAUCCUGCGAUCGACGUAAGCGACGAUGCUUUCAAGAGAGCAAUGGAAAUGGUCAGUGCCAAGAAAAAAUUCAAGUGA